AUGCUCCGGUUCUCUGGCCUCUACCAGGAGAACUUCUCAGACCUCUCUGUUACCUGUCAUGUGUUUGCAGAGGGCAAGCUUCAGGUGCUGCCUGUACGCACGUCCUACAAUGCCUUCAGCACCCGCUGGAAGUGAGUGACACCUUUUAUUAGGAUAUAGUGUACCAAAUUGACGAUCUCUUAAAGGAGAUAGUUGAAUGAUGCUCUGAGCCACUCUUUGACCUGGUCGGGCUUUGUAUUUCACAUUGUACUCCAAACUCACUAUAAUAGAUACAAAAUCAUAUAGUCCUUGUGAACUGUUCUGUAAAUUUCUUUCUUUCUUUCUUUCUUUCUUUCUUUCUUUCUUUUCUUUCUUUCUUUCUUUUUUCUUUCUUUCUUUCUUUCUUUCUUUCUUUCUUUCUUUCUUCCCCUCCCCCAGCUGGAAUGAGUGGCUGAGGCUGCCGGUGAAGUACCCAGACCUGCCCCAGAGUGCCCAGGUGGCCCUGACCGUGUGGGAUGUGUACGGGCCGGGCUGA